CUCCUUUAUUGAGUCUUAAUAUUUCUCCCGGCUUCUUCACUGAUAUCGCGACCUCCGCUGUGAUGUCUCGACGCGCUACGCCGUCUCAGGCUGCUCAGAACCAGCAGAUAAUCAAGAGCCUGCUGAAACUCGAACAAAAUAAGACGUGUGCCGAUUGCAAGCGCAACAAGCAUCCGCGAUGGGCGUCAUGGAACCUGGGUAUCUUCAUCUGCAUCCGUUGCUCGGGCAUCCACCGGGGCAUGGGCACCCAUAUCAGCCGGGUCAAGUCCGUAGACCUUGAUUCUUGGACGGAUGAGCAACUUCAGAGUGUUGUGAAAUGGGGCAAUUCUAGGGCAAACAAAUAUUGGGAGGCCAAGUUGGCGCCCGGUCAUGUCCCCUCAGAAGCGAAGAUUGAGAACUUCAUCAGAACUAAGUACGAGUCCAAGAGAUGGGUCAUGGACGGCCCAAUGCCCGAUCCCUCGACCUUGAGUGAUGGUGAUGAUGAUGUGCCCCUCGCGGUUGUCCAAGAAAAGGCUAAACUCGAGCGCUCUGCAUCUCAGCGGGUGGCGGCAGCCAGUCAGCCUGCGGUUCAUCAUCGACCUCAAGCUUCCGUCGACCUCUUCGGCGACGAUAUUUCUCCCCCCGCACGUCCCAGUACAACAGAGCCUGCCACCAGAGUGGCUUCCAAGCAGCCCCAAUCCGCACCAGCUGCUAAGCCUGCUGCCCGUCCCGGAGAUUCGUUGCUGGGACUCGACUUCUUCGGCAGCACUCAACCUGCUCCUACCAGCCGUCCGGCCAGCACUGCAUCCACCCCUACUGGUUCAACCGGGAUGUCUCGACCUGACCUGAAGCAAUCCAUCCUCUCUCUUUACUCCAAGCCAACGGCUGCUCCGAUGCAACAUGAGCGCACAUCCUCCUUUGGAGAUUUGGCUUCCCCGCCGCCCCAGUCGGCAUCAUCUUCCAACUUUGGUGGUCUAACUGAUGCUUUCAGCGGGCUGAGCAUUCCCUCUACCACUUCUCCCCCGCCUACUAAGCCAGCUGAGAAGCCUUCGCCAUUCGCCAAUCUCACAAACUUCGCCAGCAUGAAGUCUACCCCAGCAGCUCCGAAGGUUACUUCACCAACUCUUUCCAUCGGUACCGGAGGAGGCGGUAGCCUUUUCGAUAGUCUUACUUCUCCUACUUUUCCACCAGCAAAGCCCCAGUCUCGGAAUGCAUCUUUGUCGUCCCAUGGCUUUGAUUCGGGAUUCACCAGCUUCGCUUCUGCUGCUCCAUCCAAGCCUAAGCCCUCGCCGUCUUCAUUCUCGAACGACUUGCUCGGCUUCUCGUCUCCCCCUCCUUCGAAGCCUGCUGCAUCACCGCCUCCAGUAUCGGCCUCCAAUCCUCAACAAGAACUGAAAUCUGCGUUCAACCUUACACCCGCCCCUGCGCCUGCCCCAGCACCAAAACCGGCUUUCUCGGCCACCACGGCAUCUGUUGCGAGCGCCCUUCCCCCAUCCAGCAUUGACCCGUGGGGAGGCAAUGCCUGGAGCACCCCAGCCCCUGCACCGGCAGCAUCAUCCACAGCUUCAAUGAUGAAGAUCCCUGACACACUCACCGCCAACGAUGUUGGUGCUGGCUGGGGAGCGCCGACAUCUCCGGCCGCUGUUUCGAAGCCGACUCCAACGGUCGCCGCUGACGAGGACUUUGGCGGCUGGACCAGUGCGGCACCUAUCUCCUCGACCACUAUUACCUCUAAUAGCACUAAUUCUUCCAAUCCAUCCAAACCGGCAGGCGGGUUUGGUGGGGCUGAUGAUCUGUUCUCUAACGUUUGGGAAUAGGCUCUUCGUUUGAUUUGCAUUCUUCUAAUUUACACAUAACUGGUUUCUCAAUCAACCUUAGACCUGAGCGUCAACCUUGAAUGUGAUCCUACAUUUAUCAAAAUCUCAGUUCUUUGCCUAUUUUCUUGCUUCCCUUUGUGCCCUUUUCUUUUGGCAUGUUAGCUAGUCACGAUUCGGCAUGAAUGACGCUCUAGGACUAAAAGUGCUGGUGGGUUUAUGUAUUCACACAAGGCGUCUUGGCAUGUACAAACAUAAGAAUUAGUGAUUUACCGAUUCGAUCAGUGAUUUGAUCGCUAGUUGUGUCUAGGUAUAAGCACUUCGGCUAGCAGCU